CUGAAGGGGGCGGGCAUUGCCACCUGCUCCGCUCCUAAUACCAGCUGGGUUAAAGCAGGGGGCGGGCAUUGCCACCUGCUCCGCUCCUAAUAUCAGCUGGGUUAAGGCGGGCGGUGGGCAUUUGCCAUCUGCUCCGCACCUAAUACCAGCCAGGUUAAGGCGUGGGGAGAACAUUGCCGCCUACUCCGCUCCUGUUCCCUGCCUGGGCUUCCCACCAUGGCAUGUUUUCUGGAGUGAUCUGGUGAGUUACCUGAGCUUUCCUCUGCAGCAGCGCCCUCUGGUGGUGCACCAGGGUAUAAAAUGAGUUGUCUGAAACAUGCUUACUCAAUUAUAUAGUAAAGAUAUGAUACAGAUAUCAAGACACAGAUCCAUGUAUAAUACAGUCGAUUUUUGAUGAUGAUGCAGGGGGAGUCAGUUCUGUAGGAUAUAAGAGUGUACAUAACAAAAAACCCAAACCAAAAUUCAUACAGAAAUUGUUGGUUCAGUUUGGCUUCCAGAACGGUGGAACAAAUUUGGGAAAUGAGUCUGUCACGACUCCCCUCCUGCCCAGCAUCAUCAACAGCAAGUCCGCCUGCUUCAUCAUCCAACCAGUUCGAUCUGAAGGGGAGAAACUGGGCCCUCGGUGUUAACUCCAUUGGCAGGAAGGGGAUGCGCCUGGCACACCUGAAUGCCUUUUUUCUUCAGUGCAUCCUGGACAAUGGCAUUGGUGUUAAGUGGCUUGCGGGGAUCAAAUCACAAAAGGGUUGCUUCGUGCAGGGGAGGGAGCAGCUAAGGGCACAGUGCCGUUGGCACCGGCGUCACCACCCCUUUCUGUGGGUUUCUAAGCACACUGCAAGGAAAUUCUGGCAACAUCCAUGCAGGUGCACACAAGGUGUGUUUGGGGAGGGAGGGGGGUCUCCUUCGUUCCCUGCGUUUCCAGCUGUUGCAAAGGCUCAUGUUAUGCAGACUAGAGUGAGGAUUCGUCCGUCAUUGUGGGAAUGAAACUGUAGGGCCUGGGAGAACACGGCAUAACAGCAGGACUCCAAGGGCAAACAACGCUGUAGAUUUGAUGGUCAAGAAGAUGAUAAAAAGAAAUCCACAUCCAACUCAAGUGAUUUCAGUGACCCAGUUUACAAAGAAAUAUCUUUGACAAAUGGCUUUAUCAACAGAAUGAGCAGAGAAGAACUUAGAGUUAAGCUUGCUGAAUUCAAACUGGACACCAGGGGAGUCAAGGAUGUCUUGAAGAAGAGGCUGAAAAACUACUAUAAGAAGGAGAAGCUGAUGCACAAACAGCCUGCUGAUGGAGAAAAUUACUAUGAUUACAUCUGCAUUAUUGACUUUGAAGCAACCUGUGAGGAGAGCAACCAGCCUGAAUAUACACAUGAAAUCAUAGAAUUUCCUAUUGUCUUAUUAAAUACUCGGAACCUAGAAAUAGAGGAUACAUUUCAGCGAUAUGUGAAACCAGAGAUUAAUCCUCAGCUUUCAGAUUUCUGCGUUAAUUUGACAGGAAUCUCUCAGGACCUUGUCGACAAAGCAGAUGAAUUUCCUUUGGUUCUCCAACAAGCCAUUGAUUGGAUGAAACAGAAGGAACUGGGAAGCAGAUACAGCUAUUCAAUAUUGACUGAUGGGUCUUGGGAUAUGAGUAAAUUUUUGAAUAUCCAGUGUCGUGUUAGCCGUCUGAGAUAUCCUCCUUUUGCGAAGAAGUGGAUCAAUAUUCGGAAAUCCUAUGGUAACUUCUACAAGGUUCCCCGAAGCCAGACUAAACUGUCAGUCAUGCUUGAAAAGCUGGGGAUGGGCUAUGAUGGGCGGCCUCACAGUGGGCUUGACGAUUCAAAGAACAUCGCUCGGAUAGCUGUGCGGAUGCUCCGCGACGGGUGCGAGCUGAAAGUGAAUGAGCGGCUGCAUGGGGGGCUCCUGCUGGCGGUCUCCUCCUCUGCCCCACUAGAGGGAGCUCCUGCCCCACAGAUGCCCAGGCCCAGAUAAUUUGGACCCCUUGAGUUCUCUCGUGUUUCGGAUUCUACCUGAGACCAUCUGGAGCUUCGGAAGGCCGUUGCAGGGGACUCCGGGGCUUGUUCUCCAGCUUAACAACUCACUGGCAUUGACAUUUUCACAGCACCAUUGAUAUAAUUGAUAAGGUUUGUGAGUUUUAUGUCCUUUGGUUUAUAAACUCUAGAGGUAGCUUGCGAGAACAUAAAGCGCCAAGUUUGGUCAGCAGGUAUAUCAGUGAAAUAAGUAGAGCUCUUUCCUGUGCCUAGUCAGUAAGAAAUAGAUCAGUAUUGAUUUGCAUGGCGUUAGGCAUCUUAACUCCCUGUCCCAAAAAAGGUAUUGCAUACAGGAACCACUAGAUGUCUUUCUGCACCAGUCAGUGUCUUUGGACUGGAUCCAGCUGGGAGGGAGGCACUUUGAAGUCCCCGUUGAUUUCAACAGGGGAGUCAAGUAUGCGAUCGAAUCCCCCCCCCCCCCCGCCCCGUGGAAAGUGCAAGGGACUUCCCUUUGGCUGGAUCAGUCUCGUUCUUUGUCACCACUUUAUGUAUAGAGAGAGCUGCUUUUGGGGUUUCUUCCUUCCGCUUAUUUUAACUUGUAAUGGGAGAGGAAUAUUUCCGUAAUAUUUUAAUAGAUGUGGCUUGGGUUUUUAUACGGCUGUUCUAUAAAUUGAUUCCGGUGACCAAAGACAAACUUGUUACUUCCAUGCAUAUAAAUAAUUAUGCCAAACAGUC